ACUUGUAUGUCUAUACCCUGUGGGGAGCCCCUGAAGGGAACGCUUACCUGUCAUUAGACGAGAAUGUAAACAAUUUAGAAGCAGACACUGCAUAAACAGAUUUAAUUGGGUCACCGUUAAACACGUCUCCGGUCAGAAGAUUAAGGUGAACUAGAGACACCCCAUUAUCUGUACCCGCAGUUUAUGUUACGGAGGAGGAGACCUGUCAUAACCACUAUUUUUGGAUCAAUAUGUGCCCUUGCUGUUUUUCUAUCAUUUAAACAUUACUUUGGAGACGACGUCAAAGAAAAUAAAGGUAAAAAAUUAGUAAUAAGAAAGAGGAGGGACCAUAUAGACCUGGCGAUUCAUGACUCAUUCUUUGUACACCAGUUUGAUCAAAUACCGGACAGGGAGCACGAAAAAGAUGAUUUUGCUCAACAUGAUUUCGUAAACAUCUUCCCACAGCGAAGUCGACCAGAGGCGCCAUGUGUCCCUUUCCAAACUUGGAGAGGGACAAUCAACAUUUGCACCCAUGACCCUAAAGAAGACAAAAUGAUCUCUGCAUUUGUUCACUCAUUUGCAACAUGGGAACAAAAUUUUCUGAAUGCGACUGGAGACGUUCUAACCAGGUACCCGGAUAUGACGUUUGUUGAUCUGGGCUGCAAUAUAGGAGCAUACACGCUGUUUGCUGCCAGUCUGGGAAACCGGGUCGUCUCCGUGGACGCUUUUGAUGGAAAUCUCGCCUUGUUAGCGGAGUCCCUGAGACUUGAUUCCUUGGAAAGUAACGUGACGCUCGUCCACAACGCUAUUUCCGACAAGCACGAAAACGUCACAUUAGAAUUAAACACACACAACGUCGGCGGGUCUUACGUGAAAUCACUUAAAGACAUCGGACCUCCUCCUCAAAAUGUGGUCGGGUCUAUAGUAAUGGAUGAUUUAAUUCCUCUCAUUAAAUCCAGGGACGUUUUUGUGAAGAUGGACAUAGAGGGUACAGAGCUUAGGGCGCUUCAAGCUGCCAAACAAUUCCUGCAAGUUCUCAAUGUCAAGUUCAUUUUAAUGGAGUGGGUUUUACACAAGAACAACCCAAGUGCGUUGGAAAUCAUUAAGAUUAUGACGAACAAUGGCUUUUUACCAUUUUGGGACCAUCAACAGUUACUUCCAUUGAGGGUUAACAGCUAUGUUUAUUGGCCAGAAAAUGUGUUUUGGAUUAAGCGGUGAUUUUAAGCGGUGCCAUAGUUGUUUAUCACAUUCGUUUUAAUCAUAAUUGAAGAAAAAUACAUGCAUGUACAUACAUGUUCAAAAAUAUAUGCUAAGUUUUAUAUUUUGUACACAGAAACAGUUUGUUGACUUUAUUAUUCAUUGUUGGUGUUAUCUCAAUUACUUUUGUAUUUAAAUUGAUAUUGGAGAACCAGAUGAUUUGAUAUAAAUGUUUUAUUUUUAAGGAUAACUAUGUAAUAAUGAUACAUGUAAAUAAAUAAUACAAAUGUAUUUUAACCGAGAUGGAUAACAUGCCUAUUUACUUUUGAAUAAAUAUUUCAAUCUUUUAUAUACAUAUUUUAUAUUUUACAAUGAACUGGUUUGAUUUUUUACAAAUUAAACAAGAAAUUAUUUUA